AUGGAUGAGGGUUUUGUCGUCUGUCUCUCCAACUUGAGUAGGCAACCCUUGGUUGUUAUAGACUUUCUAAAUGAAAUAUUAUGGAAGACCACAGAUCCGGACUAUACAGAAAGAUUGAGAACUGUUUUCGAUCUUUGUGACGAGCAUAACGAAGGAUAUAUUACUGUGGAUCAUUUCAAGAACCAAGUGAAGGAACAUUUCGGAGAUUUUGGGGGCGAGGAAAUAGUUGGAAUCGUACAAAUUUUAGAUCCAGAAGGGAAGGGGAAAAUAAAUUUUGAAGAAUUUUGCUCUGGUGUACAACAGAUAUCAGAAAUACAUGCAGGGUUCCUGACUGGCCCCUCCUCCCCUGUGCAGCUAAAACCGGGGUGGUUUAGGUCACAAUCAUCAGAGGACAGCACUCACCCCCAGUCUUUUAACCGGUUGUCAGAGUCUGACAGUAUAGAUACUCUGGUGCCAACACAACUCAACCAUUCCCCAAGUGUUACAGAGUUCUCAGAGAACAGCAACGCCACCUAUAAUGAAUAUGAUACAGCCACUGAUGAAGAUGCCUCUGCUCUGGGUUUGAGUCCAAUCGAGUCCACACUACCUGUCAAUAAUAAAUCUGUCAUCAGUGAUCUAGAGUUCCUUAAUCUACCCACACACCUGUCAGAAGAUGAUCGAGACAGUGCAAUCAGUGGAAGAUCAUCAGAAGUCAAUAGUCGUCAAGAUAUCACUGAUGAGGAGAAUUAUGAAGACUUUGGAGAAGCUGGAGAAGGUGACUCAGAACUAGAGCCUCAUUCACACAUAUCAGACAGCGACCUUCCACUACAUAACAAUAGCCGUGACAGUGCGUCAAGUCGCAAAGCCCGGCAUCGCGACCGCAGAGACCUGCUCUCCCGCCACAGACGAUCGUGUUCAAAUAGAAGAAUAACAUCAACAGCCUAUGCAAAUCAACUGCACAGGAAUUCCCCAGCAAGGCGAAACAGUUUUGAAUCCGAUGAGAUAUUUGACAAUAUUGACGGCAGUUUUUCAGAGGUUAAUGAUAAGAUCCACUUUUUAGAGAAGCAGAUCACAUUUUUAACUGAGAUUCAUCAAGAGAGUGAAUCCAAGCACAACCGUCUGAGGGAGGAAAACUCACUUUUAGUCAGAAAAAUCCACGGGUUGGAAGAGCAGGUGAGGGAGAUAGAGAUCAGAUCAGAGGAGUCCCUGAUGGAUGAGCAGCGCAAACAGAGAGAGCAUGUUUCAAGAUAUGAGAGAGAAAGAUCUGACCAGAUGGAUUACCUCACACAAAGGUUACAAAGAAUAGAAAAAGACCAUGAUCAGGCCCAAGAUGAGCUGACAAGAUUACGUGCGGAGUUGGACAAGCUCAAAUUGGACAAAGCAGAGUUACAGGAGCGAUUGUCAGAAAGCCAGUAUGAGAACACAACCUUGAGAGAAGAGGAGGAGUUGCUGCAGGAGAAGAUCCGUAGGCAGGUGGAGGAAUUUAAUGUGGAGAGACAGGGAGCAGCACAGCUCAUGGAUGAGAUGGGGAAAGAGUUAGAGCAUCUACGAAAAUAUAAAAUAGAAAAUGAAUUGCAUCGAAAUCGAGGCGAUAGCAUAGGAGAUCUGCCGAACAAGUACAAAGAUUUACAGACUGAGAUCAAACAACUACAGGAGGUAAUGUGGGCCGAGUGGAAGCUAAGCUGGCAGGAGAAUCGCUCAUUGAUGAGCUCGAAUGAGGACCUAAACUUACAGCUUCUGAGUAACUGUAUGAAAGAGGGAAGGUCACUGCUAGAGAACCAGGAAGGAAUGUCAUUAGCAGAGGAGAUAGAACACAUGGACAAAGAUCAGUUGAUGUCCAAGUUAAAGGAGCAGCAAGACAACAAUCGUCGUCUGAGUCAAUAUGUUGACCGAAUCCUUCUGACCAUCUUGGAGAAGAACCCCUCCCUGCUGGAGAUACCCCAUUAAACCCUGUCCAGCGUGCAACUGUGCUCGUACGCCCCCCCCCUCCCCCCCUCCCUCCCCUGCCGUGCAGGAUUUGAUACAGAUAUUCUGAUGUCCUCUUCAUUAGAACUCAUUGACAGCUUUACAUUGUGUCCAUGAUAGAAACUUCCGAUACUUCCUUGAGUAUCACCCUUUAUCAACUGUUCAGUUUCUGGAGGCACAAAUGAAUGAUUCUUGAAUAUCAUGAAGAUCAACAUAUGCCCUAAUGAUUGACUUUUGCCCUAUUUGGUGGAUUUAAAGGUCUGCAAAUGACCCUGGUCACAUAUAUAUGACUAGUUAAGCUUGAAAGUCUGAAGUUGAUUUGAGGUUGGUUUUAAAGUAGGAAUGUGUUUUACCGGAACAUCAACAGUCAACCAUCCUGGUUCAUUUCUGUUGUAAUUACAGAAACUAGGACAUUGUUUGAUGCCGUACCAAAGUUGUCUGUGAUAAUCAGGAUUCUAUGUGCAUUGAGAACAAGUUUUGUUGCAUUGUUUCCAGAACAAUUACUGUUUAAGCAAAUGUGAGAAAGAAAGGUUGCCAUGAUGUAUGUCACAGACAUGUGUUGCAUUAAUUAUGCUCUUAAAUACAUGCAUCAGCCUCUCACAAACACACGUGACAGGUUACACAGGCUAAUGUUGAUUUGUAUAUACUGAUGAUGUUAUUUAUGACAUUUUAACAGUUUGUUAAGUCUGUUAUUGUACAUGAACAUAUGUAAAAUCUUACAUCUGCCUCCAUGUGGCAUCUGGUACAAUAUACGUAAAGGGCCUUUCCUAGUUUGCUGUUAUAGGUACACGUAUAUGAACAAACUCUUCCUUCUGUUAUACCCUGUAAUUAGUGUGCUUUCCAAUGUGCAUUUACCUGUGGUCAUGUAUGAGAGCUCCUACUUUCCACAAUGUGGAAAAUCACUUGGAAUGGAGAAAUCUUUGAAUGUUAUUUGCAGUGGAAGUGGUCAAGGCCCAUUAUAUGGUGCCUUUCCAGAGAAUUUUUUUUGUUCUUGUUUGCUCAACCAGAAACGUUUUGGCCUGUCUCUAGGUUUCCACUUGGUGGAAUAAAUUUAGCAUACAUGUGGUAGCCUUGUCUUUUCAAAAUCUCUAAAUGUGAACUUAAACUGUUACAAACUGUGAGUUGAGAAAUGAUCACAUGUGAUGGUGUUGCUCCAGUAUCCUGAACGUUAACUUAACCUGUUACAAACUGUGGGGGCCUCCGUGGCUCAGUCGGUUAGCGCGCUAGCGCAGCGUAAUGACCCAGGAGUCUCUCACCAAUGCGGUCGCUGUGAGUUCAAGUCCAGUUCUGGCUGGCUUCCUCUCCGGCCGUACGUGGGAAGCUCUGCCAGCAACCUGCGGAUGGCCGUGGGUUUCCCCUGGGCUGUGCCCGGUUUCCACCCACCAUAAUGCUGGCCGCCGUCGUAUAAGUGAAAUAUUCUUGAGUACGGCGUAAAACACCAUUCAAAUAAAUAAAUAAAUACAAACUGUGAGUUGAGAAAUGAUCGCAUGUGAUGGUGUUGCUCCAGUAUCCUGAACGUUAACUUAACCUGUUACAAACUGUGAGUUGAGAAAUGAUCGCAUGUGAUAGUGUUGCUCCAGUAUCCUGAACAUUAACUUAACCUGUUUUCAGACUGUGAGUUCAGAAAUGAUCGCAUGUGAUGGUGUUGCUGCAGUAUCCAAUAAAUUCUUCCAUGUUUCAGCCAUGAGGGAUGUAUUAUGAUUAGUGUGAAGAGUAUUUCCCCUUUGACCUCACAUGUGGCGUUAAUAAUUCUUAAAAGCUUGCCUAGGUGUAAAGGACUUGCUGUAUAUUUCAGUAUCAUUUGGUUGGAUUUCAUAUUCUUGUAUAUAUUUGAUAUGUCAGUGGAAAACUUAGAUUUACAGUUGAAGAUCAAAGCAGACAACUUUGAAUAAAAGCCCUGUCUUGAUAUACAUGUAUCAACAUAUCUCAUCAUGAAAAAUUAGAUUAUAUUUUGGUGUUGCUCAUGAGCAAAAAAUAUAUCCAUGUGUCAGAUGCUGCUUAAGUCAGAAAUGUUUCCAGUUCUCAAAAUGCCUGUGUUAAAAUUGUUUGUUGUGGUAUUAUAUUGGGAAUUUUGAAAAUUGAUUAUGAUAUACUUACAUUCUUCAGAGAUCAAGGGCAGAAAGCAUGUUCUCAAGUAUGAACAUAUCUCAUCUUGUUUAUGUGAGCAACAACAAUUAUUUUGUUUUCCCAAUAUAACGUAAUGACAGUAACAGUCAUAUCAAUGUAUUUGUUUGUUUUGGCAUAUCAAAAGAUAAUUGAUACACAUUGCAAGAUAAUUAGUAGGUAUCUACUGUAGAUGUAGACUUAACAUUGGUAAAACCUAUUACAUGCUGAGGAUAACCUCAUGCCUGUUUGUUUUAUGUAAAUGAUGCAUAUGUUUACAUCAGGUAUUCGUCCAACAAACCAUGUGAAUUCAAGAUUUUUUUAUUUUUUUGUCACACAGAACACACACUUUUAAGUGGUUUAAUUGUACUCAAAUGCGUGUCACUCUCUUAAAGACUCACAAUAUGGAGUUAUAGUAAAUUAAGACUAAAGUCUAUUUUUACACAACUUUUCCAUUGUCGAGAGACGGUAUGAGUGUGUCUUGUGUUCAGAGUAACCGUCCCUUGUAGUUAAACGACCACCAAUGUUGCCUUCAUUUUGCAGACAAUUGUCCACAAUUUUACAGUUCACAUAAUGUGCACAAGAUAAAAAAUAUAUUUCUGAAUAUGAAUCUUUCCUCUUCACAUGUGACCUUUUUAGUAAAGUUUACACAUGUAAUCCAAGUGCAGAUUGAUAUGCAGUGUCUUUUUUAAAUACUGACUUAUUAUGUAAAAUCAGGAAAGUUGUUUUCUAUGUGUAUGUAAAACUUGUUUCAACCUGAAGUACUUGUCAUAUGAUGAUAGAUUACCUAGGUAAUCUGGCCUAAUGGUGGUGAUGGAAUUACCAUUUCAUAUUUACCCCAUCCUUAAUGCAUAGAAGUGUCUUUUCUGCUUUGUAGUACAGCCUUCCACGUUUCCAACUAAAAUACACUAAAUCAGUGUACUCAAAUGUCAUGCUGAUUAUUAGCAAAUUGAAAGACCCCAUUUAAGAGGUUUUAUGUUCAUGCUGAAACUAAGACAUAUUUUGUAAGGCUAGUAAAAGUACUUUUGAGUUGGAUCUUGUUGAUCUCCUUAAAUGUUCAAUUAAAAUCAAUAGAUGAAAAUUCCCUCUACUUUCCCUGACAUGUAGAUACUUUAUAUUACUGUAGUAGUAACUAAAUGCUCUAGUCAUGGUAUGGUUUUGUGCAUAUUUGUGUACCACCACUUUUAAUGUGUGGAUGAUAUUUCACUCUUAUGUCUGAUAUGUGUGAAACAUGGUCGGAAGCUGUUUUAUUGGUGUCACAGUUUUGGACUAAUAACUUAAGGCCAGGGGAUUGUACAUGUUGUUCAUUUUAUCGGACUAGCCAUGAGAAAUUUCUGACAUUCUGAAAGGCUGGUUCUUUAUAAUGGUUUACUAAAAAUGAUGUUGGCACAUUAUGUUAGAGAAGUGACAAAUGAUAUUCCUCAUGUAAUAUUAUAAAGUACAAAGCAGUCAAGUCAUAAGCUAAAAUCAAUUGUGUAAAAGAGAUCGUUGAAUCUUAAGAUUCUAACAUUACCAUUGUGAUUUUCCCUUGGUACGGAUAAAAUACUGCCCAUGUUGUGUUGAGUCGCAAUAAAUCAUUUAUCCAAAGUUUGAUGUCAGAAUAAUAAAGAAAAAGCAUGUGUUCCAAGUGAUAACAGUUAGUGGUCUAAAUAGCAGCAUGCAUAUGUUUGCAUAGUCUGUUUAUACCUUUAUACAAAUUAUUCACUAUAUACAGAUUAUACAAACCCUUAUUUCAUUUAUUACUACAUUUGCAAGUUUUGUAAGUAAUCCUUGAUGCUAAUUUAUUUAUGAUUUUAGUAAGUUUUGAAUUUUGGGUUAUAUUUUAUCAAAUAUGUGAAUGCCAAGAUAAAUUGUACAUCUCAUAUUGGGUUUGUGGUAGAAAGCAAAGUAGUCAUCAAAAUGUUUUGUCUGAUCACAGUUGUGAAAAAUGCCUUUUUCCUUCAAUUUCACUUUCCUUCAAUCUGACUGUGUACUCUUUUGUGCACUUAGAUAGGCAUGAUGGUGUAAAAAUAUUAUGGCAUACAUCUUUCAAAAGAAAUUUUGGUGAAAUUAACUACAGAUUAAAUUUUAAUUUCAUUCAGCAAAUUGCUGGACUGUAGCCUUCAAAGCUUUUCCUCAUUACUUAUAAAGCACUGCUUACCAUAUUUUUUUUCGAAUACUCAGCUGUGGCAUCUGCUUGGCUAAGGAACAUUUUGUGUCUUGAAAUGUGCCUGUGCUUGGUUCAAUGUAAAGCCAUCUGCGCAAUACUCAAGUAGGCUUGUUUUUUGUUUUGCUUUUGUUUCAGUGUUAAUUUCUAGGAGUUUUUUUCUGAUAGCACUUUUGGUCUUCUUUUGAUCUGAAAUCAGAUCAAAUCAGUCCAGUUAGCAAACUUUGGUGAUUUAGUUGAUUAUCACAACAUUGUAGGAGCUGUCAAAAGAUUUUACGAUUGCCAUUUACAUGAUGUAUUUAAAGAUUUUUAGAUUGACAAUGAGGUAAAUUGUAGAAGGAAUGCUGUUUUGGGGGCAACAAAUUUUCACAAUUGUACAGACUCUACUGGGGAGAGCUUUUUUUAUUGUUUGUUUUAUAUACCCUGGUUAUAUUUAUGGAGGUGUCCUGAUGAGUGUUGAAGAGACCAAGCAUUCCUUUUGUCCCACCAUAUCUGGAGUUGUUAUGAGCCGGUAUCUCCAUACCAACAUGUAAUUGUUUAUACAUAUGCAACUUAUCAUCUGUCUGAAGGUAUCCUUGCAUGUUCAGACAAUAAAGUAAUCUUUGUUAAAUUCAGUGAGUUAUCUUUUUGGUACUGUAUAGACAUUGCCCUUUCCU